AUCCAGCUUCCUCCACUUCACUCUCCACAUCUCCUGGGACUCCUUGCUUGUGUGGAAGAUGUCCUGCUCCAGCCUGUGUGCCCCUGCAUGUGGCGUGGCCACCCCGGCCCCACUGGCUAACAGCUGCAAUGAGCCCUGUGUGCGCCAGUGCCCCGACUCCACUGUGGUGAUCCAACCCCCGGCCACCGUGGUCACCUUCCCUGGGCCCAUCCUCAGCUCCUUCCCACAGAAUGCUGUGGUUGGCUCAGCAGGAGUCCCCGCCGUCGGAUCGGGCAUGGGUGGCACCUUUGGACGUGGUGCCGGUUUUGGUGGCUAUGGAGGCCUGGGAGGCUAUGGAGGCCUUGGAGGCUAUGGGGGCUAUGGAGGCUUUGGUAGCUGUGGAUACGGUGGCUGGCGCCGAGGCCUCAGUUACCUCAGUGGCAGCUGUGGGCCCUGCUAAGCACAACACCACCUCUGUCCACGGUGGAAGGAGAGCUCUGGAGAAGCCUCAGCACAUCCUGCACCUGACAACAUGAGGAUCUUCUCCCCUUCAGCGUCACUCGCUUAUGUAUCUUGGACGCCUCGUGUUUGCAUGGGGACUAGCAUUGUCUUCCUCUGUUUUGCUUGUGCUGCACUUAAGAACUCUCUGACCCGUGAUGACACAGCCCAGCACUAACUGCCUGCUCCUGUCCAUCUGCCCUCCGCAAGUUGACAGGAAUCGCCUCUGGUCACUGGCUGUCCUUCUGCCACCUCCCUGCUCCCCCCUGGAGCUGAAAUAAAAUCUAUUUUGCAUCGCA